UCCAAUGUAAUCAAAAGAUUAUACCAGCGCAGGGCGGAGGACGUCAGUCUUUCAUUGAAGGUCCGCCGGGUGGGUGCCAUCGGGAACAUGAUCUCAUUCGGCCGCCAGUCAGUUUGUCCCGCCAUGAUUGUCGCUCGGUUCCCCAAACAACGUUCAUACUUUCCCCUCAGCAUCAUAACGCGCUCGAGUUGUCUAGGGUCCACACUGCCUAGACCUCUAGGGCUCUGAUCUAAGCAUGUCGAAACAAUAUCUCUCUUGUGGAUCUGCAGAUAAUGCGCAUCCUAUUGAUAUCUUCGCGCUGGCCGUGACCGACAAGCAGAUUCUGUCGGCCUCGGGUACCUCUUCACUCAAAGUUCACUCGACCACCGAUCCUGAUUUUCCAUUGGUCCAGUCAAUUGAUAAUGCCCAUAAGGUAGGGUGCCAUCAUGUGGUAACCAACGGAAAGGGCUCGAGGGCUGUCAGCAUCGGAUUCGGUGGUGAGAUCAUGAUCUGGUCUUGUCAGGAUGGUACUUGGGCGAAGGAUGACGCGGCCUCUGUCAAGAAGGCGACACCUGCAGAUGUCUGGGCCAUCGCUUUGUCCGAGGAUGGACAAUAUCUCGCCGGUGUCACCCAGGAUGGACACAUCAGGGUGUGGGACUUGGACACUAACGGGGAAGAAAUCCGUGACUAUGAGACCAAAGGUAGCUUCGGCACCUGCAUAGACUUGUCUGCAGAUGGCCGUUUCAUAGCAAGCGGACACGAAAAUGGCAGUGUCUACAUCUUCAGUACAGAAAGCGGACGCAUGCCAUUUAGCUUGUCUGGCCUGGUCAAACCCGUACGAGCUGUUGCAUUCUCUCCCGGGGGGAAAUUCCUCGCUGCUGCUGGAGACUCCAAGGUGAUUGUGCUCUAUGACACCUCCUCUGGUGAGCAAGUGGCGAAUCUCUCGGGGCACACAGCAUGGAUCAUGUCGCUUUCGUGGAGCCACACGGGGGAGCACCUUCUCAGCGGGUCAUUUGAUGGAAAAGUGAAGGUUUGGUCAAUAGACACCAGAGCAUGCGUUGCUACACAUUCUGAGACGGAGAAAGCAAUUUGGAGUGUGAAAUGGCUAUCAAAGAUCGGGAGAUCGGUAGGAUUUGCUACGGCUGGUGCGAAUCGGAGCAUAUCUCUUUAUCGUGAAGCUACCGGUGGUUAGGCUCUAGCCCCGGUAUGAGUCGUUGGACCGUCGUAACAUUCUUAUUCACGACCGGUAGGCUAUAUGAGAGAUUCCAUAUGCUUGUUGCAAUAAAGAGGGCGCCAUGCUUGCCUCUCAGUG